CCCCUUCUUCAUCGUCCCCUUCCCCACCUGCAUAAUUUUCCCCCGGCAUUUAUUGAACUUCUUUAAUCAUUUCGCCCACAAACUCUCCACCGAUCCAAAACUCCACACGCACAAACACGUUUUACUGCGUGCCCGCCUAUACAUACACAUUUCUGUAUCUACACAUAUUUUUUAAAAAUAUUAAAAUAAAUAAGAUCUCCAAAACUGCAGUAAUAAAUGUCGAGCGACAGUGACGACGAAGACGAGCUCCUGCAGAUCGCGUUGCGCGAGCAGGCCGAGCGCGAUCUCAAUUACCGCAAGCCGUCUUCUCAACAACAACCUGCGAAGCCUGUUCGGAAUUACGUCCAGCCAGCGCCGCAGCGAGCUCCGGCGCCGGCGGCGGUGGCGGCUGGGAGGAAUUCGAGUUUGAAUUCGAAUGUAGCGACGGGAAGGAUGCAGCAGAAGAGUGGGAGUAGUAAUAGUAAUAGGAGUGGGAGUAAUCAGGUGCUGCAGCAGCAGCAGCAGAGGAAGGUUGUGGAGGAUGAUGAUGAUUCGGAGGUGGAGAUGCUUAGCAUUUCGUCCGGCGAUGAGGAUUCCUCGUCGAAAGACAGGGCUAGGUUUGUGGGGAGAGGACGGGCUGGGAGCGGAGGAGAGAGAGGAGGGAGGGAUGAUGAUAGGUGGGAUGGUGGUGAGCCUGAUUGCUGGAAGCACGUUGAUGAAUCUGAGUUGGGACGGCGGGUUCGUGAGAUGAGGGAAACGCGAGCAGUCCCAGCUGUUCCAAAGAUUGAGGCAGCUGCAUUGGCUAAAAAGGGGCUUAGCAGUCUACAGUCGCUUCCACGUGGUGUUGAGUGGAUAGAUCCUCUUGGAUUGGGGAUAAUUAAUCACAAGACAUUCAGGUUGAUGAGCGAUUCAGGACCCCCAUCAUCCAUGGCUGAUAAAGAACCUUUAGAUGCCAAUGCUCGUGAUAGGUUAAAUUAUUACUCAGAGAAAUUUGAGUCAAGGCUUUUUCUUUCCCGAGUACAUUGUGACACUAGUGCAGCAGACUUGGAAGCUGGUGCUUUGGCUUUGAAAAAUGAUCUUCAAGGGCGUACACAAGCAAAAAAGCAGUUGGUGAAAGAAAAUUUUGAUUGUUUUGUUUCUUGUAAAACAACAAUUGAUGAUAUUGAGUCAAAGUUGAAACGAAUAGAAGAAGACCCAGAGGGUUCUGGGACGUCUCACUUGUUUAAUUGCAUACAUGGAGUCACUUCAAUUGCUAAUCGCGCUUUUGAGUCUCUAUUUGAGAGACAGGCUCAAGCAGAAAAGAUCAGGUCUGUGCAAGGAAUGCUGCAGAGAUUUCGGACUCUAUUUAAUUUGCCAAGCGCAAUUCGUGGGAAUAUUAGCAAGGGUGAAUAUGACUUAGCAGUUCGGGAGUACAGGAAAGCGAAAUCCAUUGUUCUGCCUUCCCAUGUUGGAAUUCUUAAACGUGUACUUGAGGAGGUUGAAAAAGUAAUGCAAGAGUUCAAGGGCAUGCUUUAUAAAUCCAUGGAAGAUCCGCAUAUUGAACUGACAAAUCUUGAAAACAUUGUAAGGCUUUUAUUGGAGCUGGAACCUGGGUCGGAUCCUGUAUGGCAUUACCUUAGUAUACAGAAUCAAAGAAUUCGAGGUUUGCUUGAAAAGUGCACUGUAGAUCAUGAAAUAAGAAUGGAGGCUUUGCAGAAUGCGAUGCAUGAAAAAGCUCUAUCGGAUGCAAAAUGGAGGCAAAUUCAAGAAGACCAGUCUUUGGAUGCAGAUGACACACAUGUGGGAGAUCAACAAGCACUUGGCAUGAUUAGCGAAGAAGUUGAUGCCCUAAGAGGAAGGUACAUCCGUCGGUUGACUGCUGUACUUAUCCAUCAUGUACCUGCCUUUUGGAAAGUAGCCCUUGCUGUUUCUACGGGGAAAUUUGCUAAGGAAAAAGUUGCUGAUGGAAAGUACUCAAGUCAUUCUCUUGAUGAAGUUGCUGGGAUGAUACGCAAUACUUUAUCAGCUUAUGAGUCUAAGGUUCUCAACACAUUCCGUGACCUUGAAGACUCCAAUGUUCUUCGGCCAUCACUGAUUGCAUCUCUAAAAGAGAUAUCUAAAGCAUGCCAAGCUUUCGAAGCAAAAGAAUCAGCACCUUCUAUUGCUGUAACAGUUCUCCGAGCGCUUCAGUGUGAGAUUACAAAAAUAUACAUUCUACGGCUCUGCUCAUGGAUGCGAACUUCAACAGAAGAGAUAUCGAAAGAUGAAUCUUGGGUGCCUGUGUCUAUUUUGGAAAGGAAUAAAUCUCCUUACACUAUCUCUUCCCUGCCUCUGGCAUUUCGUGCAUUUAUUGUGUCAGCAAUGGAUCAGAUCAAUGAGAUGAUUCAGUCUCUGAAGAAUGAGGCGACGAGGUCAGAAGACAUCUUUUUGCAUCUUCAAGAAAUACAAGAAUCUGUUAGAAUUGCCUUUCUAAACUGUUUGCUGGAUUUUAAUGUUCAUCUGGAGCAAAUUGGCAGCGAGCUUGCAGAGAACAGAACAAGCAAAGGAAGUCCAGGUUUUGUAAAUGGUUAUUCUAGUGAAUUUCAAGAGAAAUCAUUUGAUCCCCUUCCAGGAAGUGUCACCGAUGCACAUCAACAGCUGCUGAUGGUCCUGAGCAAUAUUGGAUACUGCAAAGAUGAACUUGCUCGUGAAUUACACUUCAAGUACAAACAGAUAUGGCUCCCUCCAAGGGUAAAAGAUGAGGAGGACACUGACAUUCAAGAGUUGAUUAUGUCUUUCUCUGGACUUGAAGAAAAGGUGCUUGCACAGUAUACUCUUGCAAAGACAAACUUGAUCAGAACAGCUGCUGUGAACUAUUUGCUGGAUGCUGGAAUUCAAUGGGGCGGAGCACCUACUGUCAAAGGUGUGCGAGAUGUGACUGUGGAGUUGCUGCACACUCUGGUGGCUGUGCAUGCUGAGGUUUUUGCUUGUUGUAAGCCUUUAUUGGAUAAGACGCUUGGUAUCCUUGUUGAAGGCCUGAUUGACACUUUCCUGAGCAUUUUCCAUGAGAACAAGAUGAAAGAUUUUAGGGCAUUGGAUGCAAAUGGUUUCUGUCAGCUCAUGCUUGAGCUGGAGUAUUUUGAGACAAUAUUGAAUCCAUAUUUUACUUCAGAUGCAAGAGAAUCUCUGAAGUCUUUACAAGGAGAUCUAUUGGAAAAAGCAACCGAGAGCGUCUCAGAAACUGUUGAAACUCCAAGUCAUCAACGUCGUCCUACACGUGGAAGUGAUGAUGUCAUGGCUGAUGAAAGGCAGCAAGGAAUGACUGUCUCUCCAGAUGACCUAAUAGCACUUGCCCAGCAGUAUAGUGCCGAGCUCCUUCAAGCUGAACUUGAGAGGACGCGUAUUAAUACAGCAUGUUUUGUGGAAUCAAUUCCUCUAGACUCGGUUCCAGAAUCAGCAAAAGCAGCUUAUGCUUCUUUUAGAGGGCCAAUGGACUCUUUUAGAGGAGGAAUGGAUUCUCCCAGUCGAAAUUUUAGAAGCUCUCAAUCUUUUGGGUCCCCAAGUUUCUCCAGGCAUAGGCGUAGAUGAUUAACUUUGUGAUUCUUGUUUAAUUCUUUUUCAACCGCAUUCUGUAAUUUGUUGUAUUCUAGUUAAUUCAUAAAUCCUUCCCCACUACGAAAUUUUCCUAGCUGGCCCUGUCUAUUCUCCUCCCAUUUUGCAUCAAGAGCAUGAUUUUGUACGAGUUUUUAUUACGCCUGAAUUGUUACAGAUUGAAACUGUAAAAUAUUUCUCUGUUGGCCAAUUUGUUAAUUGAGAGCUGUUUGAUUGGA